AAUACAGGAACAUUAUUUGUAUUAUAAGUUUUUUCUAACUUACAAUGUGCAGAUAAGCCUUCGUUUGUAAUGAGAACAGUGGCGCUGUCUUCGCUUGACGUAAUGAUCCCACGCUCAUGAGCGGCCCGCAUGGCCCUCAUUGCAAUGGUUGCAUGCACUGACGCUUUGUGAGUUGUGCUAAGUGCUAUCGUUGCUUUGUUCGAAUCGAUUUACAAUGCCUGGCCUGAAUUGCGCCAUCAAGAGCUGCCGACGUCGUUCAAAGACCGACAUAGGUAUUUCCUUUCACACGGUGCCUGUGAACCGCGGCCGUAAAAAGGAAUGGGACAAUGCUGUUGGCUUCACCAUACCGCCGUAUGGACGCGUCUGCUCCGACCACUUUCGUGCUUCGGAUUACACGCAGUUUGGAUCCUUGAAGAGUAGCCUUCGGCAUCGUCUCAGAAUCACUGCUGUGCCGUCUAUCGGCCUGGACAACAGUGGAGGCACGAGGGCUUGUGUUGCAACCAUGCAUCUUCAAGGCAGUGAUGAGGCAGCACCAUCCAUUCUAAGCUGUGAUGUUGGGGUGUACAGUGAGGUCCUGGAUGAUAGCGUGGUGCAGUCUGGCUGUGUAUCUGUUGAUGUUGGUGCGAACAUGGAUGUUGACACCUGUUGCAGUACGCUUCAUGAUCCUGAGCUGAUGGAAUGUGAUGAUCACAACUAUGCAUCAAAAUAUGUCCCAUCCCCUACCCAUGGACCUACUCCAAGAUACGCUUCAACAGGUACGCAGUGCAGGAUCGACACAAGGAGCUGCAGCACUCAGACGGACAGCAGUGUGUGUUGUGCCAAUUGCUCACUGUGUAGUGGCGAUGGUAAUCAUCCUGGGCUGCUGUUUGCCCCUCGCUCCGCAUCAACGCCUUCAAGGAAGUCUUAUGCUGAUGACUGCAACAUGUGUGGUCCCGCUACCCCCGUCAGUGGCCCCACCACCCCUGUCAAUGACCCCAAGGACACCAGCUACCAUCCGAUGUCGGAUGACAGCAUGCAUCUGGAUGGAACAACACUCCAAACUGAAAAAAAAUACAUUGUAUUUGAAAGUUGCCUGUGGGAGCUCCUUAGUGCUUGCACUAAGUGUGGAGAGAGCUGUAGUAUUACCAAACACACACAGGGAAGCUCCUUGACCGUAAAGGCCACAUGCCCUUUAGGCCAUCAGAAAGUUUGGAGCAGCCAGCCCACUACCAAUGGCAUGGCAGCGGGUAACGUCUUGCUAGCUGGGGCCAUUUUGUUCAGCGGUGCCAGCGCUGUGAAAGUCUUGCGACUGCUGGCAUCUGUGAACAUCGAGGCCUUCACGACAUCGACAUACAAUGUCUACCAAAAGGGUUGCCUUGUGCCGGCCAUAACAAAGGUCUGGAGCACACAACAAGCUUCUCUAGUUGAAGCCUGUAAGGGCCGGGACCUAUGCCUGCUAGGAGAUGGGCGAUGUGAUUCUCCGGGGCAUUCGGCGAAAUACCUUACCUACACACUUAUGGAUGCGGAAACGAGAAAAGUCCUGAAUUUCACUCAAGUGCAGGUCGGCCAGAAUCCACAGGUGAAAACAAGCCCGCAAAUGGAAAAAGUAGGCUUCGUGCAAUGCCUUGGUGAACUGCACUCCAAAGACCUCAAGGUUUCAACUGUGACCACCGACAGACACCCCGGGAUUCGCAAACAUAUCAGGGAAAAAGAGCCAGGCAUCAAGCAUGAGCUGGACAGCUGGCAUGUUGUGAAAGGUCUGCGGAAAAAACUUGAAGGCAUUGCAAAAAGGGCUGGUUGCACGAUAUUGAACGGGUGGAUUCAAUCCAUAUGCAACCACCUCUACUUCAGUGUUGCGAUGUCCGAGGGUAAUGUUGCUCUUCGGAUCAGCAUCUGGAAGAGCCUAACAAGACACAUUGUGAACAUUCACAGUGGCCAUGAGGGGCCGUACCAUCGAUGCCUACACGACCAGCUUUCUCACAAGGAGUGGCUUGAUCCUGGGAGUGCAGUUUACAAGAACCUUUGUGGAAUGGUCCUGAACAUCCGUCUCAUCAAAGACAUUGCUCAGCUUUCGGCAGAUGCACAAACAUCGUGUUUGGAGUCAUUCCAUUCGUUGAUGAUACGUUUUGCCCCAAAGUCUGUGGCAUAUUCACCAACUUUGAUGUCUGCUAGAACCAUGCUUGCAGUCUUACAUCACAAUGCAAACACGACACGUAAACAAGCUUGUGGCAUUGACGGUAAGCCUGCAUUCCGACGAAAAAUGUUGAAAACAAAGAAGGGAAAUGAAGUGGUCUGCCCAGUAAAAGAAAGUGUGACUUAUGACUAUGUCCAGGAGCUGUUGGAAGCAACCGUGGAAGAGUGCAGCAGUGGAAGCUUCCGCAGCAUGAGGGAGUCAAGGACAACUCCUGGACCACCACCCAUGUCUGCAGCAUAUGCUCGAUUGCCGAAGCAUGCACUUGUGGCGAAGCGCAUGCUGCGGUUUAAAACUUAAGAGUUUUGAAAGAACACUAUUAACACUGUGCUAUAAAGAACUUUUGGGGGUUCCGUGUUGUAUGUAUCAGAAUUUAGCCUGUUUAGCUGGAUUACAAACUGUGGCGCACAUUUCUGCUUGACAAAUUGUGGCCCUAAAUUAUGGAAUUAAAAAUUCAGAGUUUAAGGCACACACACAUAGCUAUGGUAGAAUCAAACCUGACCAAUAUCCAAGACAUGUUCUAUUGGAAACAGUUCUGUAAGCCACGCCAUUUUCAAGAUAUGAGUACUGUGAAUGUGCGAUCAAGUGCAUUCUUGUUCCGGUUACUUCCCUCCUGCAAGGCAAAAGUCUGUAGAGAAAUUGGAGAAUAGUAAGCUUUACCUCAUUUUUGAGUACUAUUCAAGCACCAUUGCAAUGAACGUGUUUACCACAAGAUGUACAACCUCUAUAACACAACCUGGCCUGACUUCUAUCUUACACAUGUAUUGUAAGCACUACUACUAUAAUGCAUAAUUUUAAAAUAGAUUUGCCUGUUUAUAACAAAAUACACCACUCUGUUCACCUAGAACGAGUCAAAACCAAAGCACCCGUACGGACUGUUGUAUCUUCGCACAGGCAUUACGCAAGUUGAGUAAGAGGCAGAAGAAUAGCCAUGCAAGGAUGUCCACACUUUUUGGGUAAAAGCGCAAACCUGUGGAAGCCUUGAGAGCAUAAACGAGGAAACUAUCUACUGGUUUACACCCCCAAUUGGCGUCUGUCGGAAGCAGCACCGUUAACUCCAGGAAAAACCAAUGUCAACACAAGAUUCGUCACUAGCCAUCGACUCCCUGCAUUGUUCCUUGUGUCCUGGCUCAAUCCUCGAAUUGAUUGUACUGGGGUCUUGACAAUAUCAGAUCGGCAGUCAAUGAAAUAGUGCAGAAAGUAAACAUCUCGGUAUUGUCAAAAUAGUUCAGCAUGCCUGAGAUGUGUACCUUAGAGUACUAAAAUAUACAAUCCUUAUAAUGAAGUUAGCUGUACAAUGAAGGAUAAUGUCAGUUCUACUCACUUCAUUAUUAUUGUGAUUGUGCACGAAUUGCCAAAGUGAUGCUAAUAAAGAAUAGGCUGUAGCUCAGCGUGUCUUGGAUAUCGGUGGGCUGCAAUUUUCAAUUGCAAUGAUCGACCUUGUCAUGAGACUACUCAUGCGAGUUAAUUAGCACUUGUUUGUAUGUGGGCUAAUCUAGAACAAAUUGUAAAGGAAAAUACAUAAUUACAAAUGUGCAUAACUAAGCUAAAGCGGUAAAAUUGGUGUAUGCAGUAGAAUUUUUGCAGUAGAAUUGCAGUAGAACAAAAAAAAAUUCGUUGUCACCAUGUUCCAAAUAAAGUGUUUUCAAGUAAACCUAUAUUGAAAACAUUUGGAACCUGUUUUCUUUCUUUUUUUUUCAUAAUGGGCUGCAUAUUUGAUGUUAUUGUGCUAGCAAGAAUUCUUGCUGGAUCUAGUCAAAUGAGUGUACUAUUUUACAUUCCAAACAUGGUUGCCUCACUGACUCAGAAAUAAAAAGCUUUUUAACUGUUUCAUUUUAAUAGUUGUCUUGUUGCACUGUUGCUUUGAAGGUAAAAAAUCGGCCGCAACGCCUGUUGAGUACACUUGCUAUCCUUUCACUUUGAUAUAUUAAGUUGCACUUAGAAGUAGCCGAUAAUCUUAAAAAGUUGGCUUUAGAACAAACCUUUUUUUUUUCGCUGACGACGGUAACGCCAGUCACAGCAGAGGUGCAAGGCGGAACCCUGUGUAUGUCGCCGACGGGAAUUGUUCCCGUAUACGCCGCACUACACAGGACGGCAGGACACGUCUGUCGCAUUGUCCUAGGUAGCCCCAGGUCCACCUGGUAAAC